AUGUCAUCUCUACGAAGGAGGGUGAAAUCUGAAGCCAAAGCCCUGACAUCAGAAGAUGAUGAGCUACCUUCGUUUCUUAAUUCGAGCUCUGAAUCAGAGGAGGAAGAGGAGGAGUGGGAGCCAAAAAGCAAAGUCGCCAAGAGACCUCGGUUGCCAAAGAAAAAUGAGGCAAAAACUAAAAAAGUUGCUGCUCCACGAUCAGCUGUGGCCAGGAAAAAGGUCAAGAAGGUAGCAAUAAAAGAGGAAAUAGAUGUAUCCUUGCCUAUUGCUCCUGCAGAAGAUAAUAGAAUGCAGCUUCUAAAACCUGAGGAAGAAGAUGUAGGCACUAAACAAAAAACUUUAAAUCAAAAGCCAGAAGUGCCUAAAAAAACGGAAAUAAAUUCAUUCCAAGGGAAGAAUGUAAAGAGUUUAGAGAGUGAUGAAAAACCCUCAACAAGCGUACCUGUAGUGGGAUAUCAAGUGAAACAUGAGAAAUCUGAGGAGGAUUUUGCAUUUGAUGAACCACCUUUUAAAAAGAUUAAGUCGUCUACAUGUCCUGAAGGAAAGCCAGUUAAAAAUCUGGGAGGCAACAAAGUAAAAGAAGAAUUUGAGAUGAACUGGGAUAUUGUACAGGCCUUGUCAGAAAUAACAAAUGUUGAACCAUGGGUAUGCGCAAACCUAAUUCGCCUCUUUCAAGAAGAAAACACAAUUCCUUUUAUUGCUCGGUAUCGAAAAGAGCUCAUCAAUAAUCUGGAGGCUGAUGCCUUGCGAGAAGUGCAGCAAACAUUGGAAGAGCUACGUACUGUUGCGAAGAAGACGCAUACAAUGAUACAGAAGUUGAAGAAAGAAGGGAAAUUAUCUGGAUGCCUUUUAACAGCAUUAUUAAAUUGCAGAACUUUGGAAGAAUUAGACCAUGUGACUGCACCUUAUAAAACUGGGAGUAAAGGCACCAAAGCCCAGAGGGCCAAGCAGCUGGGAUUAGAACCUGCUGCUCUCUCCCUCCUGCAGAAUCCUAUGGAACUCAAUCUCUUUUCUUACAUCAGACCCAAUACCAAAGGACUUUCAACUAUCCAGGAAGUAGAGGCUGGAGUACAGCAUAUUUUAGCUGACAUCUUUGCUAAAGAUAAAGAUACACUGGAUUUUAUCAGGAAAUUAUGUCAGCAAAGGUACAUUUGUAUCCAGUCAGCCUUGGCAAAAGUGUCGUCCAAAAGUGGAAAUGAAAAAGAUAUCAAUAAAUUCCAACUGUACCAUGAGUUUUCUUGUAAUAUAAAGAACAUUCAGCAUCAUCAGAUUCUGGCCAUUAACCGAGGGGAAAAUCUGAAGAUCCUGACAGUGAAGGUCAACAUUCCUGACGGGGUGAAGAAUGAAUUCUGUUGGUGGUGUGUCAAUGAAAGAUGGAGGCCAAAACAAUUUUUAAAACCAGAAUUAAUGAGGCUACUACGGAAUUCAGUGGAAGAUGCAUAUAAACGCCUUAUAUAUCCUCUCCUCUGUAGAGAAUUCAGAUCAAAGUUGACAUCUGAUGCAGAGAAAGAGUCUGUGAUGAUGUUUGGGAGAAAUCUCCGGCAGUUGCUUCUGACCAGCCCUGUGAGGGGCCGUACUUUGAUGGGAGUAGAUCCUGGCUACAAACAUGGCUGCAAGUUGGCAAUUAUUUCACCAACCAGCUUAAGGCUAAGUUUCUGGCACCUGGAUUCCAGUGUCUCCUUUGGUGUUAUUGCUGCUCUCUAA